GCCUAGGAUCCGUUUGCAUUGCACCCAUAAUUUCCCGGUUACUCUUGCAGCCCAGCCUCCCCCAAACCCCUUUCCUGCCUCGUCCCCCUCCAUAUUUGCACUUCUCCGGCAGCAACCCGUCGGCAUCAGCGACGGAAGAAAACCCGUUCCUUCUGGCGUUCUCGCCACCUCUUUUUGAUUGCAAAGUCCUGAAUCCUAAGUUCUACUGCGGUGAAUCAAGGUUACUUUCUUUGUUCCUCAUCUGGUCGCAAUCGGAGGGAUGGCAGGAGGCAACGGGCAGAAAACCAAGACAGCGAGGGAGAAGCACCCAGAGAAGCAGAAACCCGUGAAAGGUGGCCAACUUGAACCAAACAAGAAGGCAGCAUCCAUUCAGAAGCAGUCAAAAGUUAAAGACGUGUUCCAACUAUUUGCUGAAAAGGUGAGAGAACAUAAAAAGCUGGAAUCCAGAUGGGCUGUAUUACAAGAAACAAGAGUUGAAUACUUCCGGGGCAAGGACUUUGUAUCCUUUCUGAAGAAUCACCCUGAGGUCAAGGAAGUAUUGGGAUCAGAGAAAAAUUUGGACGUGGAGAGCAUUGGUAAUACUUUACUCAGGAAAAGUCUUAUUGUUCGCUGUGAUCGACUAAUAAAAAUUAUUCGACCUGGCAAGAAGAAGUUAUCAACAUGGCCAGCACAUCUGGAAAUAUUUCCUGAUCAGGUUUUUUCAGAGAAUGAUGCGUUUUUCGCAUGGACAUUUGUGAAAAGAAGGCCCCUGUGGCAGACCAUUCUUUCGUUCCUAGUACCUGUGGUUACUCUAGCGUGCUGCUUGUUCCCUGUAUUCCCUCAUUGGUGCAAACUCCUGGUUCUUUACUUCUUGGUUGGAUUUCUAUUGUUCAUCUGCACGAUGCUUUUUUUGAGAUGGUUAAUCUUUGGUGUCAUCUGGAUUCUACUGGGAAAGCGUGUAUGGUUUUUCCCCAAUAUCCUUGCUGAGGAGGCAACAUUCUCAGAGUUGUUCCAGUUUUGGCCCAGUAAAGAUGAAGAAGAACGCCCUAAGUGGACAUCAAGACUGACUUUUGCUGUUGGGUCCGUCUUAAUCAUUUGGCUAGCUAUGCGUCAUGCACCUGAUGAAGCUGCUAGGGCCAGGUACCAGAAGCGUGUGUCUAAUAUUAUUGAUGACGUCCUUGAGUGGUCACCGAGGCUGGCAUUGUCGAAUAUGAUGGAAAAGCAGCAGCCAGUAUUUAAUGCAACACAAAGCAAUCAUUCUACAGACGGGACCAGCCCGGAUUCUGAAGACGAUGGUACAUUGAAGGAUGUCAAAGUGGACUUCGAUUCUGAAGUCCUCAAGAACGAUGAUCAGGAAGACGAAGAAACCAGGACAGAGGACGUGUGAGACUGCAAGGUGGAUGAUUUAGUCUUGUUUUGUCUGUAUAAUUCCACAGAGCUACAAGUAUUUUGAGGCUCAAUUUGGGUGCAGUUAUUUAAUAAAACUAAUUAGUCAAUCUGUGAUCUCAUCAUGAUUGAUCGCAAUUAACUAAUGUUAUUGAUUGACUCGUAGCACCAAAUUCCUUGUUUUUCAAUGGGAACGGCAAAAUGGAAACAUUACCGUAGUUGUUCACGUUGUAGGACAUCUGCCUCCGGAAGGUGCUAUGCUUUUUUGUCGUGUAGGUCUGGUGGAACAUAAGUAUUUUUAAUUGCUCUCUUUUAUAUAUCUUAAUUGGACCUGCUCUUUUCGCGAACAGGCAUUUCCAUUCUGUUAUGGGUACCCUAUCUGGUGGAACAUAAGUAUUUUUAA